AUGUCUCAAACUCCAACACCAAGUUCACCAGUGACUGGGCCAGCUGAAUCGGCCUCAUCACCUAUCCGUACCACUGACGAUUUGCCACAACAGCCUUCCUCUCCAGCUUUAUUUUUCAAUCCAAGCUCAUCUUCACAACCAGAUACUUAUGAACGUGAUAGUGGUCCAAGAAGUAACCAAGAUCAUAAUAGAAAUGUGGGAGCUGUAGUAGGAUCAUCUCCAUUUCGUUAUCCAUCCUCUACUGGUUCAACUCAACAACAUCCAGAUUCAGAUAUCCGUAGCUCUCAAAGAAGUAGUGGAUCCAGAACUAGAACACCCGGUAAUACGUUAUAUUCUGAUAUUCGUACUGAUGGUUCAUUGCCACAUUCAUCAUUAGAUGGCCGUCCAGGUUAUAGAAGAAGAAACGAUAUUUAUGCUUCAGAUUUGUCAUCCCCUAGAAGAAUUGUUGAUUUCGAUUCAAAUAGUAUGAGCCAUCCGGCUUCUUCUUCUUCUUCUGGUCCUCCUACAGAAGCUUCUGAACCAUUGAGAAUCAUUUGGGGUACUAAUGUUAGUAUUCAUGAAUGUGCAAACAAUUUCCGUAAUUUCUUAAUGUCAUUUAAAUAUAAAUACCGUAAAAUAUUAGAUGGCAGAACAGAACUUAUAAACAAUACAACUGAUGAGGAAUUAUAUUAUGUAAACCAAUUGAACGAAAUGAGAAAUUUGGGUACUUGUAAUUUGAAUUUAGAUACAAGGAAUCUAUUGUCAUUUAAUCAAACAGAGGAACUAUAUCAUCAAUUGUUAAAUUAUCCACAAGAAGUUAUUUCCAUCAUGGAUCAAACUAUUAAAGAUUGUAUGGUUUCAUUAGUGGUGGAUAACCAAUUAGAUUUUGAUUUAGAUGAUAUCGAAACUAAAUUCUAUAAAGUUAGACCUUAUAAUGUGGACAGUUCAAGAGGUGUUCGUGAAUUAAACCCCAAAGAUAUAGAUAAAUUGAUUAGUAUUAAAGGUUUAGUAUUAAGAUCUACUCCUGUAAUUCCUGAUAUGAAAGUGGCAUUCUUUAAAUGUAAUGUUUGUGAUCAUACACUGGCAGUAGAGAUUGAUAGAGGUGUUAUUCAAGAGCCAACAAGAUGUGAACGUGUUGAUUGUAAUGAGGCUAACUCCAUGUCUCUAAUUCAUAAUAGAUGUUCAUUUGCUGAUAAACAAGUAGUCAAAUUACAAGAAACUCCAGAUUUAGUACCUGAUGGUCAAACUCCUCACUCAGUUUCACUAUGUGUUUAUGAUGAAUUAGUGGAUGCUUGUCGUGCUGGUGAUAGAGUUGAAGUUACUGGCACUUUCAGAUCAAUUCCAAUUAGACCUAACUCAAGACAACGUGUUUUAAAAUCAUUAUAUAAGACUUAUAUUGAUGUGGUUCAUAUUAGAAAAGUUUCAGAUAAGAGGUUAGGCAUAGAUACUUCUACUGUCGAGCAAGAACUUUUACAAAAUAAAAUUGAUCACAAUGAAGUGCAAGAGGUAAGACCGGUCUCUGAUGAAGAAGUAAAAAGUAUUAAGCAAGCUGCAUUAAGAAGCGAUAUUUAUGAAACUUUGGCUAGAUCCAUUGCACCAAGUAUCUUUGAAUUAGAUGAUAUCAAAAAAGGUAUAUUAUUACAGUUAUUCGGUGGUACAAAUAAAACGUUUAAAAAGGGGGGUAGAUAUAGAGGUGAUAUAAAUAUAUUAUUAUGUGGUGAUCCUUCAACUUCAAAAUCUCAAAUAUUACAAUAUGUUCAUAAAAUUGCUCCACGUGGGGUUUAUACAUCUGGUAAAGGUUCAUCAGCUGUGGGGCUAACUGCGUAUAUUACCAGAGAUGUGGAUACAAAGCAAUUAGUUUUAGAGAGUGGUGCCUUGGUCUUAUCAGAUGGUGGUAUUUGUUGUAUUGAUGAAUUUGAUAAAAUGAGUGAUUCGACUAGGUCUGUUUUGCAUGAAGUUAUGGAACAACAAACAAUAUCUAUUGCCAAGGCUGGUAUUAUCACCACAUUAAAUGCUAGAAGUUCUAUCUUAGCAAGUGCUAAUCCAAUAGGUUCACGUUAUAAUCCAAGUUUGCCUGUUACUGAAAACAUUGAUUUACCUCCUCCACUACUUUCUAGAUUUGACUUAGUUUAUUUAGUCCUUGAUAAAGUAGAUGAAUCUACUGAUAGAGAAUUAGCAAGACAUUUAACAAGCUUAUAUUUAGAAGAUAAGCCAAAGCAUGUUUCCAAGUCUGACAUUUUCCCAAUAGAAUUUUUAACAAUGUAUAUUAAUUAUGCUAAGGAAAAUAUACACCCAGUUAUCUCAGAAAGUGCAAAAACAGAAUUAGUUAGAGCUUAUGUUGGUAUGCGUAAGAUGGGUGAUGAUUCUAGAUCUGAUGAAAAGAGAAUUACCGCUACAACUAGACAGUUAGAAAGUAUGAUUCGUUUAUCAGAAGCACAUGCUAAAAUGAGAUUAUCAGAAACUGUUGAUGUGUCAGAUGUUCAUGAAGCAGUUAGAUUGAUUAAAUCAGCAAUUAAAGAGUAUGCUACUGAUCCAAAGACCGGUAAAAUUGAUAUGAAUUUGAUUCAAACAGGUAAAUCAGUUAUUCAAAGAAAAAUGCAAGAGGAUUUAGCAAAGGAAAUUAUCAAAAUAUUGACUGAAAAUCCAUCGGAUUCUCUAAGUUUGAAUGCUUUAAUUAAACAAAUUAAUGAUAAUUCGCAAGAUAGAGUUGAUACUUCAGAAAUUUCAGAAACACUUUCUAGAUUACAACAAGAAGAUAAAUUAAUCAUAUUGGGUGAAGGAAUGAGAAGAUCUAUUCGUCUAACUAAUCGCGUUUAA